CUCCUGCACUGCAGGAAAAUUCUUUACCAACUGAAUCACCAGGGAAACCCAUUGUUUCUUAGUAUCCAGGUGAAAUAAAUCUCUAAUCUACCUGAUGAGGUUUUAUGAAAAGCAAUGAAUUCUUUCUAGGCUGAGAUCAAAUCUCUUUCCUAGCGUGUAUCAUAGUAUCUGACACACAGCAGGAGUUUGAUGAAUGUUUGUCAACCAUAUAUAAUCAAUCUCAUUUCUUUUUUAAAAAAGUAGCUACUUAAAAUUAUAUUUGUGGCUCACAAUAUAUUGCUGUUGGAAAGCACUGUUUUAUAGUACUUCCUACAUCUUUGUUAAAAACAAUUCAUCUAAGCUUCAAUUAAGCUAAGAAAUAUCUGAUUUAUGCAAAUACACGUUCUUUGAAAUUAAUCAGUUUGUCUUUUUGGGGUUGCCCAGACUUCUCUAAAGAUUCUGGCCAUUCACUCAAUGACAUUUUUUCCCCUCUCAUCCUAAAUAAGUUUCUUUAUUUCUUCCAUUUGAAACAUCCAUAACAUUAUUGGAAACCCUUAAGGUGAACUCAGGACACAGAAACCUCCCAGAUCAAUCAGUUCUUAGAGCACAACCUGGGUGAGGGUGUUAACAACAUUCCCUGUUAUCACCUGCACCUGGCACCCUGAAAACCUAGUGAGGAGGAGCUGAAGAAAGAAAAGCAGGGAGGAGAUAGUAAUGUCUUAGCACAAUCCUGAAAUUCCCAACUGGAAUGUCUUCAGUCUUUUCUGCCUGCUGGGGGCCCUUUUCUUUCCACUCAUCUCCCUAGAGCCUGAAAUGCUGGUAUAAUAGAUUUUACUGGAGCUCAUUGUUUCUACUCUGACGCUGUUUUGCAGAAGUAACACAGGCAGCCCCUUCACCGAUGUUUCUGGCUCAGCAACACUAGAUGCUGUGCCCAAAGGCCAAGCCCUUCUCAGGGCCGUUGCUAAGGGCCAGGGACCCUGUGCUCAGAUUGGCUGGGAAACAAGUGCCCCCGUGGCGCAAGAGCUCACCCAUUCUGGGAACUCUGGGCAUCUGGUGACUAAGAUGUUAUAGUCCUCACCGGCCUGGUGGGAGGGGCUGAACUCUCUGGGAGAAUAAACUCUAGUUAAGGGUUCUUUUCUCUACUUAUCUCUGCAGCCCAGGGAAAGAGUGGCAGGAAGAGCUGAAGGACUCCGCAUUCCUGCUGCCUCUUCUCCCACUUCCCUGCUUGGGAAUGGUGUCCUAGGGUAUGAAUGGAAAGGAGAACCAUUUAAUUUUGUGUGGUUACAGUUAUAAUUAUGAGGUAUAGCAAGAGCUGAAAAAGAACAAGCCAAAAGGGACUAUUCCUGUAUUUGGACUGUUGCGAUCUCAGAAGACUGAGUCUUUUUUUAGGUAUCCUGACAUUCAGAAAAGGAUAUAUUGCAUUCUUCUGAUUAGAAACCUUGUCUAAUAAAAUGCUUGGAGAAUCCUUCCUAAUUGAACUCCUAUACAAAGAACAAGUUACAUGUAAGAAAACCUCAAACGAUGAAAAGGAAACUUGGAAAAAGCAACUUUUAGAUAUAGAGGAUAAUUCACUUUCUCCUGAUAAAAUGGAAAAUGAAAAUAAGGUCAUGAAAGAAAGCAUAACAGAGAAAAGUAAUGAUACAAGUGAAAUAAAAUCUGUGGAUGAGAUAACUGUAGCAAAAUGCAAGACUGCCUCCUUUCUAGGGAAUGUGUCUGCUGCACUGCCCAUUCCAAAGAGAGAACAACAUGAUGAAAAACAACUAGAUUUAUACCGAUCUUAUUCAUGUACAAGUAUUUGCCAGAAUUAUCCUGAUCUACAGAUUGGAGGAGACCAUGUAGGUAACAUGUAUGAUUCCGGCUGCUUUGUGGAACACAUAUGUGAUGAUCCUCUUAGUGGUCCUCUUUUGCUUUCAGUAGAUAUACCGUUAGGUCAUUCUCCCAUCAUUGAACCUCUAGAUAAACUACCUACCUCAAAGCUUUUGAAUGGUGAUGAAAUUCGAGAAAGAAGUAUGUUGUUUCAUAAACAGCCGCUCUCUAAUUCUAUGCUUAAUAGUUAUAUGGAAAAAAAAGUGGAUGAACUCUACAAACAGUUUUUGGAAGAAAAUCUCACUCAGUGCUGCUCCAUAACCAACCUUAUGGCUUCCAAUUUGUUAAUGAAUAAUAUAAAUCAGAUUAGCCUCCAAAUCUCUCAAGAGCAGAACAUAGAGGCAUUGAAAUUUCAGGAAGUUCUUCUACAUUCUUUAGCAAGAUGUAAUCUCUGUAACAUUUCCCAUGGAAAUAGUUCUGAAUUCAGCACUCCUAAUUUACAAAUAUCAAACCAGAGAAGUAGAGAACUUGUACCACAUCUACAAUAAGAAUCAACUGCAGUUUGGUUGGACUGAUUUAUGAGACUGUAGUAACAGUAGUCUCCUCUAGUUUAUUGUGUCACAUCAGCCCCUUUGUGGUGUGAUUACUAUAGUUUUUGAGAACUUAUUUGAUCAAUGGUACAUCUGAAUUCUUGUAGGAGACAAUAUAACUAAUUAACUUUUAUGACUAUACUUUUAAUUGUUUUGACAUCUUUAAUGGUUGCUACAUUCAAGUUUGUAAAUUCCAUAUGUGUGAUCUAUCUAAUUGCCACCAGCAUCUGAAAGUGAUUACUUCACUCUCACUCAUCUGUUUACCACAAAAGUGGUUUUAAAAAAGUGAGAUGAAGAAAGAAUUUUUCUCAGCUACGAAAAGACAACUGGAAACUGUAUCAGAUAGAGGCAUUUCUUUCUCCACAAAAAUGCUUAAAAACAUAUGAGUAGUGCUUAAAUAUUUUUCUUUUUAUUUUCAACAUACAGAAUUUUUCACACUGACAAUCAGAAAUUAUUCAAAUAAAAAUUGUAUUUAAAUGAUACUUGAAAGAAAUGUGGAAUGAGAGCUUAAGGAAAAAUGGAGAAUUCGCCAUUAAGAUUUGCAGUUGAACUUCAUGCUUUUGAACUUUCUUGGGACAAGCAUCAGCUUUUAUAUAUCACUCUGUUAAGCAUGGUGGUUUUCAGCUAUGGGAGGAAGGAAAGCAUAUACAUAGAGUGAACAAAGUGAACAGAGAACCACCAUUUAGAAAUAGAGAGGCUCUCUUGGCAACUUUUUACACUUCUUAUAUUAUCCUCAAUCAAGAUACUGGCUUAGGAUAAAAGCAGGAUGUUAUAGCAAUUUUGGAGUUUAAUUAAAUUAAUUAGUAAAAGAUAUCUAAAAGAAUGGUAUAGUUUAUUGCAGACAUGGAAACAAGACUCAAUAGCUCACACUUCUCUCUUAUGUAUAGUAAAAUGAUUAGCAUGUACUUUUGCUUGUAAAAUGAAGUAAUAUAACUUAUGUUAUUUAAUUGUUAUGGUUGAUAAAAUAUGUACCUUAGUACUCACAUAUUCCUUUCUAUUAAUUUAUUUGGUCUUCGUUUAAACUCUAAAGAAUGUGUUAGUCCGAUGCCCUUAUGAUUUGUUCUUUGUGAUCACACAAUCAUUAAUUUAUUUUCAUCAUUUCAAAAUUUCUAUGAUAUAGUAAUAAGUACUCCUGAUUUAUUUCCUGCUUUUAUUUACAUAAAAUAAAAUGUUCUUCUUUAAAAUAGAUGUUGUUCAUAAAAUAAGAUGUUUUUCUUUCUCCAACAUUUUCUCCAAUAACCCUCUCAAUCCAUUUCCAUCAUUCUGACAUUGGAUUCUGAAGGGUUUUUGAACAACUGGCUUAGUGUUUUGUAGAUACAGAAACUCAAGCAGGGGCUCUGUAUCAACCUAGAGGGAUGGAAUGGGGAGGGAGAUGGGAGGGAACUUCAACAGGGGUAUAAGUAUACCUAUGACCAAUACAUGUUGAGGUUUGACAGAAAACAACAGAAUUCUGUAAAGCAAUUGUCCUUCAAUAAAAAAUAAAUUAGUUAAAAA